AUGUGCUGGCCAAGGGACUAUGGCUUUGGCAGUCCUGUGUGCGUGUGCGGCAUGACGUACUGUGACUUCAUCGGCGACAUCGGGCCCCUGCCGAAAGGAGCAGCGAUUGCCUUUGAGAGCAGCAAGGCCGGACUCCGGUUCCAGAAAACUGUAUUGCUCCGCGAAGAAACAGAUCCACCAGGCAACAACACUUUGCUGCUUGUGAUAGACCCUGAAAAAACGUACCAGGAAAUAUUUGGUUUCGGAGGCGCCUUCACUGACGCAGUUGGGUUAAAUCUGAGAAAUCUCUCGGUGCAGCUGCAGGACGCUAUUAUCGGGUCCUACUACUCCACAGCAGGAAUAGAGUACAGCAUUGCCAGGAUACCAAUGGCCAGCACUGACUUCUCAGUGCGCAAGUACACCUAUGACGAUUCUCCAAACGAUUUCUUUCUGCUCAACUUCACUCUCGCCGCGGAAGACAUCCACCUCAAGAUACCGUACAUCAAAAGAGCAAUGCAGAUGUCGAGCAAAACAAUAUGGUUUUACGGAAGUCCCUGGAGCAGCCCUGCAUGGAUGAAGACGAGCCAAAAGUUGGAGGGUUCUGGGAUUCUCAAAGGAACCCCGGGCGGACCUUUCUACAAAACUUGGGCGGCGUAUUUCGUCAGGUUUUUGCAGGAGUACGAGAGGCAAGGCAUUCCCAUCUGGGGUCUGACGGUGCAGAACGAGCCGUCCUCUGGCUUCAUACCAUUUUAUCCCUGGCAGACCCUCGGCUUCACACCGCAGACCCAGAGGGACUUCAUCAAGUAUGAUCUGGGACCAGCGUUGAACAAGGCGGGCUACGGCAACCUGAAACUUAUGAUGCUCGAUGACAACCGCCUCGCGAUUCGGCGCUGGACAAGCGUGGUUUUGGGAGACCCUGAAGCGGCAAAGUACGUCCAAGGAAUCGCUGUUCAUUGGUACAUGAAUCGUGUAAUCGGACCAUCGGUCCUCGACAAGGUUCACAAGAACCACCCGGACAAGUUUAUCCUGCCGUCCGAGGCCUGCACUGGAUAUAUGAGUAAAAGAGGGGAGAAAGUCAUGCUAGGCAGUUGGGAACGCGCUGAGGAGUACGCCAUCGAUAUACUCCAGGACCUCAACCAUUGGGCUAGUGGGUGGACGGACUGGAACCUAGCUUUAAAUACUCAUGGUGGCCCCAACUGGGCUAAAAACUUUGUCGACUCGCCCAUUAUCGUGAAUUCCACUGCUCAAGAGUUUUACAAGCAACCAAUGUAUUACGCGCUGGGCCACUUCAGUAAAUUUCUUCCGAGGGGCAGUGUCAGGAUUGGGUCUCGUCUGAAGCAAGGUUCAGAUAAGCUGAAAUACGCAGCUUUCUUGACGCCAGAUCUGGUAGCCGUUGUCAUCGUCGUCAACACACACGACGAAAAAAUCAAGCUAUACAUCGAAGACGUGUUUGGCUCCACCAGUCUGAAGAAGGUCAUCGAAAAACGGUCGAUAACAACGUUUAUGUGGCAAUUAUAGAGAAUUUCUCUUGCCGUUCUUGAACGCUGCCCAUCUUAUGAUCCAGCACAGUACUUUUAUCUCUCAGUGCCGUGAUGAAACCAAGUGAAACUAAAGCGUCUGUGCCGCCAAAUGCAAGCUUGUAGAGAGGCGUUCAAGAAACUUCGGGGAAAAAAAAAGAGAACUCGCAUCUCCUCACCUUCCACUCGCGUAAUUGAUAUGCGACAGUGUUCAGAGAUCCCGUAAUUCGUUGAUUUUCAGUCGACGUCCAAUGACUUCUGCCUGAUGGCCAUAUGCGAGUUAUUAUGGCAUUAUGAUCUACAGAUGCGGUCUACCUGUUGCUGUAUAGCAGCCAGCUUCACCUACAGUGCAACAAAAAUGCAGCAGCACAACGACUGCAUUUUGUUUGCUACUCUUAACCACGAUACACAUACACCACAGAUGUCGCGAUGUAAGUUUCACUAUGGUGCUCGCUAAAAACUGACCACACACACACACACACACACGUAUAUAUAUAUAUAUAGGGAGAGAGAGAGAGAGAGACACCGUCACUGUCGCAUCAUUGCAACCAUCUCCAUGUAAAACUGUGUGGUGGAGUGCAUUGCGUAAUCCAGGGCAUCCGUUGGUCAGCCAAGGAGUUUGCGUUCAAAAAUUAAAAAGGGAAAUCAUGGCAUUCAUUCUUAGCGCCAUUGGACGUUUCCUUUUUUCCUUUGCUCACCAAACGCAGAAAGUGUUUCGAAAUAGUGGCUUUAACGGCAUAAUCAGAUUUGGCGUGACCACUAGGACUUCCCUGUGAGCGCUAGCUGCCGCCACCAUGAAACUCUUCGUGAUUUUGAACUCCAUGGUUGGCUUUGCUGAAAGUUUCACGUGGCUAUCGAAAUAAAGUCGCUUUGAAACGCUA